CAAAAACAGUGACAAAGAGACAAUAUCUGUUAAGGUUUGGAGUGGGGGCCGGCGUAUGUAUUUCAAUGCCGCCAGCUGCUUCGUCUACUGCGUAGCCUUCUCAGCUCGCUCUUCUCUCUCUCUCUCUUUCUUUGAAUUUCAAUUUCUUGAAAAUCUUUUACUUUUUGCGCCAAUUUAGAAUUUAGAUACGCACAGACGGCCCGACCGACCGAGCGGCAAGCAAGGGAGAAAAACAACAGUGGAACAACGUAGGUAGGUGUCAUUUCUCGUGAUUUGCAACGCCUUCCCUUUUCUUUUCUUUUUUUUUUUCCUCAAUAUUUUUCCUCUCUUUCUUCAUUCAAUUUCACCCACUCUCUCCCGUGCUCUCUUUACGCUAAUCACUCCAUCGCCCUCUUCUUUCCCGGAGCGCAUACGCACCCCUAAACCCUAGUUUUCCCUUUUCUCUCUUCUUUUCUCCAGAAUUGGAUGUUGCACGGUGAUCACGAUCGAUGAAAGCUCGAGAGCUCCUUAAUGUUUAAUAUGGUUGUGAACUCUUUGGAAGGGUUUGUGAUUUCGCUUUUGAUAUCCGGGAUUCUUCCGUUCCAAAAUCCUUCUGCCGAGAUGGGUUGAAGAAAUGUUUCGGGGAAUCUUCUAAGUUCGCUCAGAUGCAUCUAGGGACAAUGGCCACGUUAUCUGGUACUAGUGAAAUUACGGAGUCCAUAGAGGACUUAAGUUUGGCAUCUGAAAUAGAUGAAAUUUCGCGAAGGCAGCAUCUGAUGAAGAUUGGGCAGAGGUAUCUUAUCGAGGAAGAUAUCAAUAGGCUUUUCGAGGCUAUAGAAAUAAGGAAUUCUCAUAGGGGUUUAAGUUCCCCGGAACAGGGUGCUAAGAGUGCGAUGAAGAGGCCGAUGAGAACUUAUUCUUCUCAACCAUCGGGGAUUGGGAUUUCUGAGGCUGUAAGUUUGAAGCAAGCGUUUAGAGGAUUAUGCAUUUCUCAGGCAUCGGAGAUGGCUGCUUUGAAAAAGCGGUUGUCGAGACCGUCCGGGUUUUCUGCGGUUCUUGAAGCGGGAGCUAUCAAGAGAACGAACGGGGCCGGAUUUGAACAUCCCGUUGAUAAGAAUAAGGGGAAACUAGUGCAGAUAUCCCUUGUUCCCGAUGGGAGCACGCCAAAUUCUUCGGAUAAGAUGCCCGGAUUUGAACAUGUCCCGGGGGAAAUUCCUUGUUCUCCUCUUUCUAGAGAUGCAAUUGCACGAGAGGCGGAAUCGACUAAAACGCCUACUGAAAUUGGUGCCGUUCCUCGUUCUCCUCCCGGUGGUUGUGAAUCCUCAAAAAUCACGUUGGAAUGCUCCAAGAGACCUAAACUUCCCGAGCCUUCCGUUCCCUCUUCCGCAAAUGUGAUGCUCCCGGUUCUCGAUGAGAUAAUACCCUCCACCGAAGCUACAAGUAGUGUAGUUCAAUCAGAUCGAGAGCAAGAAGGAGAUUCGAAUCAUAAAGCGUUAUCCAUUCUUAAUGCGGGAAGUAAGGUCAUCGGACGGGCUUGCAGCAGUCCACGGUUGAUCAAACCAACUUUCAGAAGCAAAACCUUUGCUAAGAAGAAACCCGAAUCACCUUUGAAGAACGACCAUAAAAACACGAGUAUAAAAUCCACACCGUCCCGAACUACCGCAAAUACGGCAAUGGAAUCAAGUUCAUCCUCUCUGGAGUCUAGUAUUACUAAACCGGGUCUCGGCUCGAACGGUUCUAGUAAAACGAGAAAUGUCAUUACAAAACCCGAUGAAAGAUCGAGCUCGAGGGAAAAAUGGGAGAUAUCUCAGAGCUCGAAAAGUAGCAUUGGGGAUUAUAGCAGCACCACGAGCCUUAGUGAUGAAAGCUAUCUCGGUGGAUCUAAUCGCAGUGGCUAUAGGCCUCACAUGUCAAAAGAUUUGAGAUGGGAAGCCAUUCGUUGUGUCGAGAGGCAGCACGGGAGUGUCGGGUUGAAACAUUUUAAAUUACUAAGAAAGCUCGGUGGCGGUGACAUUGGAAGCGUUUACCUGUCCGAACUACUGGACACGAGCUGCUUAUUUGCUCUGAAGAUUAUGGAUAACGACUUUUUGGCCAGCAAGAGAAAGACGGCAAGGGCUCAAACCGAAAGAGAAAUAUUGCAAAUGCUGGAUCACCCGUUUCUCCCCACACUUUACGCCCAUUUCACGACCGAUAAAUUCUCGUGCUUAGUGAUGGAAUAUUGUCCGGGCGGUGAUCUGCAUGUUCUCCGUCAAAAGCAACCGAGCAAGAACUUCUCCGAACAUGCAGUUAGAUUCUAUGUUGCUGAAAUUCUUCUUGCACUUGAGUACCUUCACAUGCUUGGCGUUGUGUAUCGAGACUUGAAACCGGAGAACAUAUUGGUUCGAGAAGAUGGUCAUAUCAUGCUUUCCGAUUUCGAUUUAUCCCUGAGAUGUGCUGUGAACCCGAAACUGCUCAAAUCAUCGUCACCCGUUGAGCAGCCUCCGACGAAGAAGAUGACGAGUCCAUGUUCGGACUCGAGCUGCAUCGAGCCUUUCUGUCUUCAUCCAUCCUGGCAAGUAUCGUGCUUCACCCCGAGGUUCCUAUCUGCAGCCGCUAAAACCCGCAAGCUAAAAGCCGACAUAGCUGCCCAAGUAACCCCCCUACCACAGCUCGUAGUCGAGCCAACCAGCGCCCGCUCCAAUUCCUUCGUCGGGACCCACGAAUACCUGGCUCCCGAGAUCAUAAAAGGAGAAGGUCAUGGCAGCGCGGUAGACUGGUGGACUUUCGGGAUAUUCAUGUACGAGCUCCUUUAUGGGAGGACGCCUUUCAAAGGGACCACGAACGAGGAUACUUUGGGCAACGUAGUAUCGCAAUGUCUCAAGUUCCCCGAGAGCCCGAUGAUCAGUUCUCACGCCAGAGACCUGAUCAGACGAUUGUUGCAGAAGGAACCCGAGAAUAGGUUGGGAUCUUCUAAAGGCGCAACCGAGAUCAAGAACCAUUCGUUCUUCGAGGGACUGAACUGGGCCUUGAUAAGAUGUGCAACCCCACCUGAAAUGCCCAGAAUCUUUGACUUGGGAAACCUAGUUGCUGACACAAACUCACACAAGAAGCAGGGGUGGAAGUGUCAGAAAGAAGGCACAAGUUGUGAGGAAAAUAUUGAGUUUGAGAUGUUUUAACCAUACUAUGAGAGAGAGAGAGCAUAGAAUAGAUUAGGUUUUUCCACUAUUACCCCCAUGAUGUACAUCUUUAAUCCUUGUAAUAUAGCAAAUAGUGUACAUGCAAAUGUUUCCUGUUUGUUGAAAUGUGGUAUGCAUUCCAAAUAUCAGAUUUCUCAAUCUCUAAUGAGUUCAGUAUAUCCAUUCCAUUGUAAUAGUGAUUUCUCUCUGUUGAAAUGAAUGUUCAAAGAGUUUGUAAAGUA